GGGUUGAGCAAGGGGGCGGCAGCAGCAGGAGUUCCCCGACAUCUGGAGGUGUCGGCGGCCGCGCUUGGGAGCGCGCGGCAGGCGGUAGCUGUUCGCCGCAGCAAUAGCGGCUACAGCGGCUCCUCCUCCUCCUGCUUCGCCGAGCCUGAGUGCCAGCAGUCGCUACUCCAAGCCUUCGGUUGCUCCUCCUUAUUGACAAAUACACAAAGGGCCGCGUCGGUCUGGAGACGCGUCUGUAGCCGGCAUGGGAGACAAGAAGAGCCCCACAAGGCCGAAGCGGCAACCGAAACCUUCCUCCGACGAGGGCUAUUGGGAUUGCAGCGUGUGCACCUUCCGGAACAGCGCCGAGGCCUUCAAGUGCAUGAUGUGCGAUGUGAGAAAGGGCACCUCCACCCGCUACGUCCUCGCCGAAACUGGGGUAGGAAGGUGGAGGAAGGAGGCGUGGCUUAGAGAAACAGACAGCUCGUUCUCAACAGGAAACAGACGAUUCAACCCAUUCUUGGCCACUCCUGGGACGACGCAGAGAAAGGGCGUAUCACGGAAACCUCGAUCUGUCUCUCAGCUGGUUGCACAACAGGUUACCCAGCAAUUUGUGUCUCCUACACAAUCAAAAAAAGAAAAAAAAGACAAAGUAGAAAAAGAAAAAAGUGAAAAAGAAACUACUACCAAAAAGAACAGUCAUAAGAAAACCAGAUUUCAUGAUCCAGUUACAGCAGUUCUGAAAAAAGUGACUUCCGGCUGGUUCUAACACUUAACAACUAUCCCACCCUUAGGAAGGAAACAAUGGCAAAUCCCUUCAAAAAUCUUUCCAAGAAUACUGCAAUGACUAGUCCAGGCAGUUACCAAGUCAACACUUAACUCAAAGGAACCAAAAAACAAUGAAUUAUUUUGAAUUAUUAUUUCAAGAUCUAAAUAAUUUUAUUACAAAUUAGUAUAUUUUAUAUGAUCAACUGAUACGGUAAGUACUGAAAAUUAUAAAUGAUCAUUAAUAAUAUCUGAAACAUUUUGCUGUAUCAAAAAAGUUGAGUAUAACAUUUACUAGGAAUAUGUUAACUUAUUCUUAAGAAAUACCUAAAUUUCCAUUUAAAUAAUUAACUAUUUCUUCCAAAUAGAUCAGAAGAAAGAACUUGCUUUGUUAAAGUCAGUUAUACAGAGACUAUCAAAAUAUAGUUUGUAAGAAUUUACAAAAAUAUUCUGAUAUUUGUGGCAAACAAGGGAAGGGAGAAGAGGGUUUUUUCUCCUGUUGCUCAUAAAUUUAGUGGUGAAUUACUUUUAAAAAAUAUUCUUAAAUGAAUCGGGAGACAAAAAUAGAAUGUCAGAAUAAAAAAAGAAAAUCUCUUGCUGUAGAAGAUACUAUCUUUCAAUAUUUUAUUCUGAUUGUUAACUUAGAAUCACACUUUGUCUACCAAAUCAUGGAGAAUAUUGAUUUUUAUUACCUACAGGUGAAACUCGAAAAAUUAGAAUAUCGUGCAAAAGUUCAUUUAUUUCAGUAAUGCAACUUAA